UGGCAACCCCGACCGAUGUAAACUGAGCAUGCGCAUGAUAAAGGCCGCUAAAAUUAACCAGCUAGGUGGUUAUCGUGUACAGAUGGAUUAAUUUAACUAGUUGAAUGUGGUGCGAGUUUUAGUUACGUAUCUUUAUACGUUAAUUCUUUUAAAUAAUACAAUUUUGUAAAAGUCUUCCGUGGUGGUUGCUGAUUAUAUUUGACUUGUCUCACUGCACUGCAGACGGCCCGGCCUUCUCAUCCUCGGUGUGUAUUUAAGCGCUUGUCCGAUCAGAGCGCCGUAACGCUGCAGGACACCACGCUGUGGUUCUGCUAUAGGACUCUUCCGGACCAGAUACAUUUAAAUUGAACGAUGGAAGCUCCACCAGUCACUGUCAUGCCUGUUACAGGGGGCACAAUUAAUAUGAUGGAGUACUUAUUACAAGGCAGUGUACUGGACCAAUCCUUGGACAGUCUGCUCCAUCGGCUUAGAGGUUUAUGUGACAACAUUGAGCCAGAAAGCUUUGCUGAUCACGAGCUUGUAUACCUUCUGAAAGGUCAGCAGGGAAAUCCAUUCAUCCUGCGAGCCAGACGGUCACUUGCUCACCCUACUGCUCCCUGGCACCUGCGUUACCUUGGGCAGCCGGAGGUGGGUGAUAAGAGUCGUCAUGCCUUGGUACGGAACUGUGUGGAUGUCGCAGCCUCACAUAGUCUGCCUGACUUCCUCAAUGAGAUGGGCUUCCGAAUGGAUCACGAGUUUGUGGCCAAAGGGCAUAUUUUCCGCAAAGGGGCCCUCAAGGUGGUUGUGAGCAAACUGUCUCGAGUGCUUGUGCCGGGCAACACGGACAACACUGAACCUCUGUCUUUGUCCUACCUAGUGGAACUUAGUGUGUUGGCACCAGCUGGACAGGACACAGUGUCUGAAGACAUGCGUAGCUUUGCAGAACAGCUUAAGCCACUGGUACACUUGGAGAAAAUCGACCCCAAAAGGCUCAUGUAGGUGCCAGAAACCAUCCUGACUGAAAUUGGAGUGUCAGUUUGAAUUAUUUGGAAGAAGGUGGCAUCACUCUAAAUAUCAAGUCUUGAAAUAGUAAAGUGUGCUAGAUUGCAAGGUGUGUUUAAUUUGCAACUGAAUAAUUUAUCCAUGCCAACAGAAUGGUACUUUUGUAAACGAUUUGGUUUCUAUGGAUAACAUAUGCAAUUUUGGAUAUCAAUGUGUUUAGUCUUUUCAGUAGUUUGACUACAGGAGGAUGUAAAUGUUAUUUUCAGAAUUAAAAAAAAAAAAAAAUGCCUCAUUGAAUAUUGCACAAUUCCUGUUACCGGUGCCAUUUUUCUAUGUUUGUUUUUACACUGUUUUUGCACUAGGUGGCUCUCUUAUCCUGUUUGAUACUUUUCCUGCUUCCUCAUUGAGUGGCAUGUCUUUUAUACCUCACAAGUGAGAGAUGCAGUUGCUAUGGCAAUAAUUAGAGAUCUGCAAACCCCCCCCCCCCCCCCCAGUAUCUCUAAUUAGCUUUCUCAAUUGCUUAAUGAUACAUCGACCUGUGAAAGCUCUUCUUUCUUCCCUGUCAGAAAAGUGGAGAUAUUUUUUUUUUUCUUAUCUGCUCUCAUCUCCACUAUUAACUCAUGAGAGCUGACACCAGAGAUGGCAGCUAGAGAUGAGGCCAUUACUCUUCCGGUGCUCCAACUGGGAUCCCACUAUUUAAAAUGUAUGAGAGAAUUUACCAUUAAUUCCUGUUUUAGUACAUACACUCAUUUGAAUGGAGAUAGAAAUUACUGGAGUGCUCAUGUUUGUCUCAGAUGAAUUGAAUUGAUGUUGGCUUCCUUUCAUAAAGAGGUGGAUUGGGUAUGUAGUAUGUAUGGUACUGCAGAAUCCCAUUGGCCCUGUGCUGUCUGGUUAGUCAGUUUCAUACCACCUUAUAGUCAUGAGUGACUUUAAUGAUGCAAAGCUUUAAAAAUAUUUUUUAUUUUUUCUUUUAAAUUCUGAAAGAGUAGUACUUUAAAAAAAACAACAACUCACUAUUACUAAGCUUGAGUACAUUUCUCCUCAGUUGUACAGCAUUAGGUUGUAUUGAAUUAUUAAAGUCACAUUUAGAAGUAUUUUUUUUAUUUAUAUCUUAAAAUUAAACACUUAAGCCUGAUUAGAUCUGAUAACUACUUCCUGCAAAUGAAUAGACUUAAAUGCAUUCAUUUUUCACCUUUAACAACUCUUCCUGUAUUAUCAGUAGUCCCUAUGGAGCAUAUUUCCAUAUGCUGUAUCUUCAGUUUAUGUUAAUGUUGCCAGAAUGGAAAUUAAUAUUGCACUGGGACCAAAAAGUCCCCUUCACCUGUGAGCAUAUGCUAAAAUGGUAUCAUUCCAAAUUUCCUCCUCCCUUGGAAGCUCGAUCACUGUGCUAGUGUUAUAUUUGUGAAUGUGGUAAGAGGUGUGUGAGUGUAUCACAUGAGUUAACUCUCUCAAUGCCUCAUGUGUGAAGAGUUUUUAAAAACAUUUUUUAUAGCAGUCAGCUAUUUUCAAACUUGUCACCUUGUUUUAAAUGAACCUCCCCAUGCAUACCUUUCAUCUCGGAGCUGUUUGUGAAUAUCGGGACUAAUCAUUGACAGUCAUGAUUAACUGAGUGUUGCAGGUCCACCCACUUGGCGUAUGUAUAGGGGCAUUAUGUAAAAUUGUGCAUGCUAUAGGUAGAUCUAAUUAAACCAGUCCGUACAGGAUUUUGCAGAGUUCUUGUGAUUUUUGCAGCCAAAAAUGCUGUAACCCCCCCCCAACAUUUGCGAUGCAACUUGUAGUUUUUUUUGUGUGUUUUUUUUUGCAGGAUGUGUUGACGCAGUGAUGCUUAUUGGUAAAUGAGUCCUUUUUAUCAGUACUCAUGUUCUACGCAUAUGAGUUGAAGAGGGCUUUGUCUGAAUGCAUGUUGUGAUGACGUCACAUGACGUGUCUUGGCCCAAAUCUGUGGAAAAUCUGCGGUAAUUUGGAAACAUUGCAAGCUCCAGAAUAUUUCGGUCUUUACUUGAUUGUGUGUUAAUUUCUACGAUCGCGAACUCACUAAAUCCUGUAGGGGCUGUUUAAAUGUGUUUUUGUCAGAAAUGUUUUCAUGAUUAGAAACUGAUUUGUGAAAUGAAGUCUAACUUAAAGCCAUUAUACCAUGAGGUUAGAAGUCUGCUGAGUGCAACACUGUUUUGGUAUUCACACCCAAGCCAACCCUGCUGGAAUGUCUGGUAAGGAGUGUGUGAAGCAGUAUUCCUGAAGAUGCCUUGAUGCUCAGACGAUGCCCUGGUCUGCAGCCUCCGCAACUAGUGCACUAUACUCCUUUUGACUUGGGCUUUCAAUUUAUGCAUUUAUUUCAGUCAAUAAUCCACAAACAGGUUAACUUUAGUGGAUUAUUGCACAUACUUGAGUCUUAUCUGACUAUCUUAACUGGAUCUACUCCAAUAAUUUUUCUGCAUCUCUCAAUGCACCCCAUGGUAAAAGUGCCUUUUCUAGUCUAAAUAUUCUUUUGUUUGGCAUGUUAUUAGAUUGUGGUUUUCUAAAUUCUUGGUACCCAAAUCGCAAGAGAAUGCUGAACUCCAGGUUGCAUAUGACUCAUCAGAACACCUCAUACCUGUUCUAUGUUUAGCAUGUGCAAUAACAGUUGUAAUUUCUUAAGUAAAUGGCACCACACAUUAAAGAUUCAGUUGGUGUAUUGUGUAACUGAGUGUGUCCAAAUCGUAGGUGUGUUGAGUGAGGGUGGGUAAGAAUUCAUGCGUGUGUAUGGACGUAAUUUGUGGAUUUAAGAAAUGGUAACUUUUGUCACUUGUGGAAUGUCCAAGUG